GUCUCAGCUGAAGAUGUCGGAACUGUACUAGUCUCAGCGGUCGAGGUGGCAAUUGUCGAGGUCUCAGCUGAAGAUGUCGGAACUGUACUAGUCUCAGCGGUCGAGGUGGCGAUUGUCGAGGUCUCAGCUGAAGAUGUCGGGACUGUACUAGUCUCAGCGGUCGAGGUGGCAAUUGUCGAGGUCUCAGCUGAAGAUGUCGGAACUGUACUAGUCUCAGCGGUCGAGGUGGCGAUUGUCGAGGUCUCAGCUGAAGAUGUCGGAACUGUAGUAGUCUCAGCGGUCGAGGUGGCAAUUGUCGAGGUCUCAGCUGAAGAUGUCGGAACUGUAGUAGUCUCAGCGGUCGAGGUGGCGAUUGUCGAGGUCUCAGCUGAAGAUGUCGGAACUGUACUAGUCUCAGCGGUCGAGGUGGCAAUUGUCGAGGUCUCAGCUGAAGAUGUCGGAACUGUAGUAGUCUCAGCGGUCGAGGUGGCGAUUGUCGAGGUCUCAGCUGAAGAUGUCGGGACUGUAGUAGUCUCAGCGGUCGAGGUGGCAAUUGUCGAGGUCUCAGCUGAAGAUGUCGGAACUGUAGUAGUCUCAGCGGUCGAGGUGGCAAUUGUCGAGGUCUCAGCUGAAGAUGUCGGGACUGUACUAGUCUCAGCGGUCGAGGUGGCAAUUGUCGAGGUUUCAGCUGAAGAUGUCGGAACUGUACUAGUCUCAGCGGUCGAGGUGGCAAUUGUCGAGGUCUCAGCUGAAGAUGUCGGGACUGUAGUAGUCUCAGCGUUCGAGGUGGCAAUUGUCGAGGUCUCAGCUGAAGAUGUCGGAACUGUAGUAGUCUCAGCGGUCGAGGUGGCAAUUGUCGAGGUCUCAGCUGUCGAGGUCUCAGCUGAAGAUGUCGGAACUGUAGUAGUCUCAGCGGUCGAGGUGGCAAUUGUCGAGGUCUCAGCUGAAGAUGUCGGGACUGUAGUAGUCUCAGCGGUCGAGGUGGCGAUUGUCGAGGUCUCAGCUGAAGAUGUCGGGACUGUAGUAGUCUCAGCGGUCGAGGUGGCAAUUGUCGAGGUCUCAGCUGAAGAUGUCGGGACUGUAGUAGUCUCAGCGGUCGAGGUGGCAAUUGUCGAGGUCUCAGCUGAAGAUGUCGGGACUGUAGUAGUCUCAGCGGUCGAGGUGGCGAUUGUCGAGGUCUCAGCUGAAGAUGUCGGGACUGUAGUAGUCUCAGCGGUCGAGGUGGCAAUUGUCGAGGUCUCAGCUGAAGAUGUCGGAACUGUAGUAGUCUCAGCGGUCGAGGUGGCAAUUGUCGAGGUCUCAGCUGAAGAUGUCGGGACUGUACUAGUCUCAGCGGUCGAGGUGGCAAUUGUCGAGGUCUCAGCUGAAGAUGUCGCAACUGUAGUAGUCUCAGCGGUCGAGGUGGCGAUUGUCGAGGUCUCAGCUGAAGAUGUCGGGACUGUAGUAGUCUCAGCGGUCGAGGUGGCGAUUGUCGAGGUCUCAGCUGAAGAUGUCGGGNNNNCGGUCGAGGUGGCAAUUGUCGAGGUCUCAGCUGAAGAUGUCGGAACUGUAGUAGUCUCAGCGUUCGAGGUGGCAAUUGUCGAGGUCUCAGCUGAAGAUGUCGGGACUGUAGUAGUCUCAGCGGUCGAGGUGGCAAUUGUCGAGGUCUCAGCUGAAGAUGUCGGAACUGUUGUAGUCUCAGCGGUCGAGGUGGCAAUUGUCGAGGUUUCAGCUGAAGAUGUCGGAACUGUAGUAGUCUCAGCGGUCGAGGUGGCAAUUGUCGAGGUUUCAGCUGAAGAUGUCGGAACUGUACUAGUCUCAGCGGUCGAGGUGGCGAUUGUCGAGGUCUCAGCUGAAGAUGUCGGGACUGUAGUAGUCUCAGCGUUCGAGGUGGCAAUUGUCGAGGUUUCAGCUGAAGAUGUCGGAACUGUACUAGUCUCAGCGGUCGAGGUGGCAAUUGUCGAGGUCUCAGCUGAAGAUGUCGGAACUGUAGUAGUCUCAGCGGUCGAGGUGGCAAUUGUCGAGGUCUCAGCUGAAGAUGUCGGAACUGUACUAGUCUCAGCGGUCGAGGUGGCGAUUGUCGAGGUCUCAGCUGAAGAUGUCGUAACAGUACUAGUCUCAGCGGUCGAGGUGGCGAUUGUCGAGGUCUCAGCUGAAGAUGUCGGAACUGUACUAGUCUCAGCGGUCGAGGUGGCGAUUGUCGAGGUCUCAGCUGAAGAUGUCGGAACUGUACUAGUCUCAGCGGUCGAGGUGGCAGUCGUCGUCGUCUCGGCUGUCGAGGUCUCAGGUGAAGAUGUCGGAACAGUGGUGGUUGGCACAGUUGUUGUCGGAAUCGUUGUUGUUUCUAUUGUAGUUGUCACUGUAGUCGAUGUUUCUGUUGUUGUAGUGGGAGUUGUUGUGACAGUUGUUGUUAAUCCGCCCUCCAGCUUCAGCCGACUUACAUCAGUUCCAGUGCCGAAAAAUUGCCUUUUCAACGUCGAACAGCAGUUUUUGAAAACGAUUUUCUCAAUUUCCAGAAGACAUUUGCUCCAAAAAAAAAUUUUCGAUUUUUUCCCACGAUUUUCCAGGUUUAUCGAAAAUUUAAAAAAAUCUGUCAUUUCAUCUCUUCUUGAUAAUUUGCUGGAUGAAGAUGGAAUUGGGAGUGUGGAGAACACACACACGAUUUGUUACAUGAGCUGGCUGCAAGCAAAGCGAACAUAUUUUCCAAUCUGUGUAUUGGCUCUCAUAUUCCAUGGGAUCUGCAAAUGCCCGGGUUUCUCGAAAAUCAUUAUAUACUGUACGGUAUUCAUAUAUUCGAUUUUUAGACGUGUGACCAAGAAUUGUGAAAUGCAAUUGAUGAAUCGUACCACCUGCCAAUUGGUUUAA